AUGCCUAAUGCUAAACGAAUAUUUGGCAACGACACUAUGAAUUCGACCUCCAAGAGAGCACACAAUCAAAGUCAACAAGCUACAAGUUCUGCUACAACAUUCAAAAAAUGUAACACAUUAGUUGAAUUUAAAUAUGUUUAUGAAAAGCAGUUGCCUGACGAAUCAUCAUUUCAGCCAAACGAAAGAAAUAAUAAGAGCAAUAAUGCCACAUUCGAAAUAGCAAAUCAAGGGAACAAAAAGAGAAACGAAAGAAAUAAUGAGAGCAAUAAUGCCACAUUCGAAAUAGCAAAUCAAGAGAACAAAAAGAGAAAUGAUAAUAUCAAUAAUCCUAUAUUAGAAAAUGAAGACACUAUAUCUUUAGCUUCCUCAACAGAUCAUGGAAGUGACGAUAAUCUUGUAUCUCUUCCAGUUUCUUCGUUAGUUCACGGAAAUGAUAAUGCUAUUAGACCUCUUUUAGUUUCUUCGUCAGUUCGCAGAAAUGAUAAUGUGACACCUCUUCCAAAUUCUUUAUCAUUUGAAAUUGCUUUGUGGCUAGCCCAUCGUAAAAGAAUAUUGGAUUUAGCGAAUAGUAUUAGAAACAGGAUGAUGACAAGGAUAGAUGAUAAAAAACAGGAUCUGGCUUCUACCCCAUUGCACGAUCCCAUAUCAAAACUUCCGGAAAUUGAUCAU